AUGUCAAGCGUUGUCGCUCUUUUCCCUCUAUCUGCCCUGUGUCGCUCUUUUCCCUCUAUCUGCCCUGUGUCGCUCUUUUCCCUCUAUCUGCCCUGUGUCGCUCUUUUUUCCCUCUAUCUGCCCUGUGUCGCUCUUUUCCCCUAUCUGCCCUGUGUGGCUCUUUCCCCAUCUGCCCUGUGUCCUCUAUUUUUCCUCUAUCUGCCCUGUGUCUUUCUUUCCCUCUAUCUGCCCUGUGUCGCUCUUUUCCCCUAUCUGCCCUGUGUCGCUCUUUUUCCUCUAUCUGCCCUGUCGCUCUUUUUUUUCCCUCUAUCUGCCCUGUGUCGAUCUUUUUCCUCUAUCUGCCCUGUCGCUCUUUUCCCUCUAUCUGCCCUGUGUUUCUUUUCCCUCUAUCUGCCCUGUGUCGCUUUUUUCCUCUAUCUGCCCCUGUUCGAUCUGCCCCCCUCUAUCUGCCUUUUUCUUUCCCCCUAUCUGCCCUGUGUCGCUCUUUUCCCUCUGCCUUGUGGCUGUCCAUCUGCCUGUGUCUUUCCCUCUAUCUGCCCUGUGUCGCUCUUUUUUCCCCAUCUAUCUGCCCUUUGUGCCCUGUGUCGCUUUCGCCCUGUGUCUUUUCCCCUAUCUGUCGCUCCCCAGUAUCUGCCCCCUGUUUUUUUCCCCUAUCUGCCCUGUGUCGCUCUAUCUGCCCUCCAUCUUUUUCCCUCUAUCUGCCCUGUGUCGCUCUUUCCCUCUAACUGCCCUGUCGCUCUUUUCCCUCUAUCUGCCCUGUGUCGCUCUUUUCCCUCUAUCUGCGCUGUGUCGCUCUUUUCCCUCUAUCUGCCCUGUGUCGCUCUUUUCCCUCUAUCUGCCCUGUGUCGCUUUUCUGCCCUGUGUCGCUCUUUCCCCUCUAUCUGCCCUGUCGCUCUUUUUUUCCCCCUAUCUGCCUUUUUCUGUGUCGCUCUUUCUGCCCUGUGUCGCUCUUUCCCCCUUUGCCCUGUCGCUCUUUUCCCUGCCCCUGUGUCGCUCUUUCUUUUCCCUAUCUGCCUGUGUCGCUUUUUUUCCUCUAUCUGCCCUGUCGCUCUUUUUCCCUCUAUCUCGCCUAUCUGCCCUGUCGCUCUUUCCCAUGUGCCCUUUUCCCUGCAUUUUCCUCUAUCUGCCCUGUGUCGCUCUUUCCCUCUAUCUGCCCUGUGUCGCUCUUUUCCCUCUAUCUGCCCUGUGUCGCUCUUUUCUAUCUGCCCCUUUUUCCCCCAUCUGCCCCUGUGUCGCUCUUUUCCCCAUCUGCCCUUGUGUCCUCUUUUUUCCCUCUAUCUGCCCUGUGUCGUCGCUCUUUUCCCUCUAUCUGCCCUGUGUCGCUUUUUCCCCCAUCUGCCCUGUGUCGCUUUUUCCCCAUCUGCCCCUGUGUCGCUCUUUUCCCCCAUCUGCCCUGUGUCGCUUUUUCCUCUAUAUCUGUCCCUUUUUCCCCUGUCGCUCUUUUUCCCUCUAUCUGCCCUGUGUCGCUCUUUCCCCUCUAUCUGCCCUGUCGCUCUUUUUCCCUCUAUUGCCCCCUCUUUUAUCUGCCCUGUCCCUGUGUCUUUUUCCCUCUAUCUGCCCUGUGUCGCUUUUUUUCCCCUAUCUGCCCUGUGUCGCUCUUUUUUCCCCUAUCUGCCCUGUGUCGUGCCCCAGGUGUCGCUUUUUCCCCUAUCUGUGUCGCUCUUUUCCCUCUAUCUGCCCUGUGUAUUUUUUGCCAUCUGUGUCGCUCUUUUUUCCCCCUAUCUGCCCUGUGUCGCUUUUUUCCAUCUGCCCUGUGUCGCUCUUUUCCCCUCUAUCUGCCCUGUGUCGCUCUUUCCCUCUAUCUGCCCUGUCGCUCUUUCCCCCAUCUGCCCUGUGUCGCUUUUUCCUAUCUGCCCUUCGCUCUUUUUCCCCUCUAUCCCUCUUUUCCCCAUCUGCCCCUGUGCUUUUUUCCCUCUAUCUGCCCUGUCUUUUUCCAUCUGCCCUGUGUCGCCUUUUUCCCCCAUCUGUCCCUGUCGCUCUUUCCCUCUAUCUGCCCCCUGUCGCUCUUUCCCUCUAUCUGCCCUGUGUCGCUCUUUUUUCCCUGUGUCUUUUCCCCAUCUGCCCUGUGUCGCUCUUUUCCCUCUAUCUGCCCUGUGUCGCUUUUUUCUCUAUCUGCCCUGUGUCGCGCUCUUUCUAUCUGCCCUCUUUUCCCUCUAUCUGCCCUGUCGCUCUUUCCCCCAUCUGCCCUGUGUCGCUCUUUUCCCUAUCUAUCGCUUUUUUCCCUCUAUCUGCCCUGUCGCCUUUUUUUCCCUCUAUCUGCCCCUGUGUGUCGCUCUUUUCCUCUAUCUGCCCUGUGUCGCUCUUUCCCUCUAUCUGCCCUGUGUCGCUCUUUUUCUUCCCUCUAUCUGCCCUGUGUCGCUCUUUUUCCCCUCUAUCUGCCCUGUGUCGCUCUUUUCCCUCCAUCUGCCCUGUGUCGCACUUUUCCCCCAUCUGCCCUGUGUCUUUUCCUCUAUCUGCCCUGUGUUUUUCCCUCUAUCUGCCCUGUCUAUCUGCCCUGUGUCGCUCUCUUUUGCCCCUCUAUCUGCCCUGUGUCGCUCUUUUCCCUCUAUCUGCCCUGUGUCGUUUUUUCCUCCAUCUGUGUCGUCCCUUUCCCUAUCUGUCGCUUUUUUCCCCAUCUGCCCUGUCGCUCUUUUCCUCUAUCCCUUUUUCCCUAUCUGCCCUCUUUCCCUAUCUGCCCUGUGUCGCUCUUUUUCAUCUGCCCUGUGUCGCUCUUUUCCCUCUAUCUGCCCUGUGUCGCUCUUUCCCUCUAUCUGCCCUGUCGCUCUUUUCCCAUCUAUCUGGUGUCGCUCUUUUCCCCCUAUCUGCCCUGUGUCGCUUUUCCUCUAUCUUUCUGCCCCCUCGAUUUUCCCUCAUCUGCCCUGUGUCGCUCUUUUCCCUCUAUCUGCCCUGUGUCGCUCUUUCCCUCUAUCUGCCCUGUUUUCCCUCUAUCUGCCCUGUCGCUCGCUCUAUCUGCCCUUCGCUUUUUCCUCUAUCUGCUGUGUCCUGUGUCCCUCUUUUUCGCCCCAUCUGCCCCUGUGUCGCUCUUUUUCCCUCUAUCUGCUGUGUCUUUUUCCUCUAUCUGCCCUGUGUCGCUCUUUUUUUUUCCCUCUAUCUGCCCUGUGUCGCUCUUUUCCUCUAUCUGCCCUGUGUCGCUCUUUUCCCUCUAUCUGCCCUGUGUCGCUCUUUUCGCUCCCUCUAUCUGCCCUGUGUCGCUCUUCCCCUCUAUCUCCCUCUAUCUGCCCUGUGUCGCUCUUUUCUUUCCCCUAUAUCUCGUUUUUCCCUCCAUCUGCCCUGUCAUUCUUUUUCCCUCUAUCUGCCCUGUGUCGCUUUUUUAUCUGCCCUGUGUCGCUCUUUUUCUGUUUUUCCCCAUCUGCCCUGUGUCUGCUCUUUUUCCCCAUCUGCCCUGUGUCGCUCUUUUUCCCCUAUCUGCCCUGUUUUCCCUUAUCUGGCUCUUUUUUUCCCCCAUCUGCCCUGUGUCGCUCUUUUCCCUCUAUCUGCCCUGUGUCGCUCUUUUUUGCCCCCCAUCUGCCCUGUGUCGCUCUUUUCCCCCAUCUGCCCUGUGUCGCUCUUUCCCUCUAUCUGCCCUGUGUCGCUCUUUUUUCCCUCUAUCUCCUCCCUGUGUCGCUCUUUUCCCUCUAUCUGCCCUGUGUCGCUCUUUUUCCCUCUAUCUGCCCUGUGUCGCUCUUUUUUUUUUCCCUCAUCUGCCCUGUGUCGCUCUUUUUCCCUCUAUCUGCCCUGUCGCUCUUUCCCUCUAUCUGCCCUGUGUCGCUCUUUUUCCCUCUAUCUGCCCUGUCGCUCUUUCCCCCAUCUUUGUCCUCCUCUAUCCCAUCUGCCCUGUGUCGUCUCUUUUUUUUUUCCCUUUCUGCCCUCUAUCUUUUCCCUCUAUCUGCCCUGUGUCGCUUUCCCCCAUCUGCCCUGUGUCGCUCUUUUCAUCUGCCCCUGUGUGUCCGCUCUAUCUUGUCGCUCCCUCUAUCUGCCCUGUGUCGCUUUUUUUCCCUGCCCCUGUGUCGCUCUUUUUUCCUAUCUGCCCUGUUCCCAUCUGCCCUGUGUCGCUCUUUUUCCAUCUGCCCUGUCGCUCUUUUUUCUAUCUGCCCUGUGUCGCUUUUUUCCCCUAUCUGCCCUGUGUCACUUUUUUUUCCCCCAUCUGCCCUGUCGCUCUUUUCCCUCUAUCUGCCCUGUGUCGCUCUUUUUUUUUUGCCCUCUAUCUGCCCUGUGUCGCUCUUUUUUUCCCUCCUGCCCUGUGUCGCUCUUCUUCCCCUAUCUCCUGUGUCUUUUCCCUCUAUCUGCCCUGUGUCGCUCUUUUCCCCCAUCUGCCCUGUGUCGCUCUUUCCCCCAUCUGCCCUGUGUCGCUCUUUUCCCUCCAUCUGCCCUGUGUCGCUUUUCCCCCAUCUGCCCCUGUCGCCCCUCUAUCUGCCCCUGUGUCGCUCUUUUUUCCCCCCUAUCUGCCCUGUGUCGCUCUUUUCCCUCUAUCUGCCCUGUGUCGCUCUUUUCCCCUCUAUCUGCCCUGUGUCGCUCUUUUCCCUCAUCUGCCCUUGUCGCUCCUCUAUCUAUCUGCUUUCCCCAUCUGUGUCGCUGUUUUUUCCCUCUAUCUGCCCUGUGUCGCUUUUUCCCUAUCUGUCUCUUUCCCCCUAUCUGCCCUGUGUCGCUCUUUUCCCUCUAUCUGCCCUGCUAUCUGCCCUGUGUCGCUCUUUUCCCUCUAUCUGCCCUGUCGCUCUUUCCCCUCUAUCUGCCCUGUGUCGCAUCUUUCCCUCUAUCUGCCCUGUGUCGCUCUUUUCCCCCUAUCUGCCCUGUGUCGCUCUUUCCCUCUAUCUAUCUGCCCUGUGUCGCUCUUUCCCCUAUCUGCCCUGUGUCGCUUUUUUCCCUCUAUCUGCCCUGUCGCUCUUUCCCUCUAUCUGCCCUGUGUUUUUCCCUCUAUCUGCCCCUGUCGCUCUUUUUCCCCCAUCUGCCCUGUGUCGCUCUUUUUCCCCUAUCUGCCCUGUCGCUCUUUUCCCCCUAUCUGCCCUGUGUCGCUCUUUUCCCUAUCUGCCCUGUGUCGCUCUUUUCCUCUAUCUGUGUCGCUCUUUUCCCUCUAUCUGCCCUGUGCUCUUUCCCCAUCUGCCCUGUGUCGCUCUUUUCCCUCUAUCUGCCCUGUGUCGCUCUUUUUUUUUUUUUUCCCUCCAUCUGCCCCCCUUUUUUCCCCUCUAUCUGCCCUGUGUGCCCUGUGUCGCUCUUUUUCCCUCUAUCUGCCCUGUGUCGCUCUUUUCCUAUCUGCCCUGUCGCUCUUUUUCCCUCUAUCUGCCCUGUGUCGCUCUUUUCCCUCUAUCUGCCCCUGUGUCGCUCUUUUCCCUCUAUCUGCCCCUGUCGCUCUUUUUCCCCUCUAUCUGCCCUGUGUCCUCUUUCCUCUAUCUGCCCUGUCGCUCUUUUCCCCUAUCUGCCCUGUGUCGCUCUUUUUUUUUUCCCUCUAUCUGCCCUGUGUCGCUCUUUUCCCCCAUCUGCCCUGUGUCGCUCUUUAUCUGCCCCUGUGUCGCUCUUUUCCCCUAUCUGCCCUGUGUCGCUCUUUCCCCUAUCUGCCCUGUGUCCCUUUUCCCUCCCCUAUCUGCCCUGUGUCGCUCUUUCCCUCCAUCUGCCCUGUGUCGCUCUUUUCCCUCUAUCUGCCCCCUGUCGCUUUUUCCCCCAUCUGCCCUGUGUCGCUUUUUCCCCUCCAUCUGCCCUGUGUCGCUCUUUUCCCCAUCUGCCCUGUGUCGCUCUAUCUGCCCCCAGUCGCUCUUUUUCCCCAUCCGCCUGUGUGCUCUUUUCCCUCCAUCUGCCCUGUGUCUUUCUUUCCCCAUCUGCCCUGUGUCGCUCUUUUCCCUCUAUCUGCCCUGUGUCGCUUUUUUCCCCAUCUGCCCUGUGUCGUUCUUUUCCCCAUCUGCCCUGUGUCGCUCUUUCCCUCUAUCUGCCUGUGUCGCUUUUUUCCUCCAUCUGCCCUGUGUCGCUUUUCCCUCUAUCUGCCCUUGUGUCGCUUUUUUUUAUCUGUCCCUUUCCUCCAUCUGCCCUGGUCCCUUCCCCCUCCAUCUGCCCUGUGUGGCUCUUUUCCCUCUAUCUGCCCUGUGUCGCUCUUUCCCUCUAUCUGCCCUGUGUCGCUCUUUCCCUCUAUCUGCCCUGUCGCUCUUUUCCCUCUAUCUGCCCUGUGUCGCUCUUUUCCCUCUAUCUGCCCUGUGUCGCUCUUUUCCCUCUAUCUGCCCUGUGUCGCUCUUUCCCUCUAUCUGCCCUGUGUCGCUCUUUUCCCUCUAUCUGCCCUGUGUCGCUCUUUUCCCUCUAUCUGCCCUGUGUCGCUCUUUCCCUCUAUCUGCCCUGUGUCGCUCUUUCCCUCUAUCUGCCCUGUCCCUCUAUCUGCCCUGUGUCGCUUUCCCCAUCUGCCUGUGUGUCUUUUCCCUCUAUCUGCCCUGUGUCUAUCUGCCCCUGCCCUGUCGCUCUUUUCCCUCUAUCUGCUAUCCCUGUGUCUAUCUGCCCUGUGUCGCUCUUUUCCCCCAUCUGCCCUGUCGCUCUUUUUUCCCCUAUCUGCCCUGUGUCGCUUCUUUUUUUUUCCCCUAUCUCUGUGUCGCUCUUUCCCUCUAUCUGCCCUGUCGCUCUUUUUCCCCUAUCAUCUUUUCCCUCUAUCUGCCCUGUCGCUCUUUUCCCCCAUCUGCCCUGUCGCUCUUUCCCUCUAUCUGCCCUGUCGCUCUUUUCCCUCUAUCUGCCCUGUUUUUUUUUCCCUCUAUCUGCCCUGUGUCGCUCUUUUCCCUAUCUGCCCUGUGUCUUUUUCCCUAUCUGCCCUGUCGCUCUUUUCCCUCUCCAUCUGCCCUGUGUCGCUUUUCCCUCUAUCUGCCCUGUGUCGCUCCUUUCCCUCUAUCUGCCCCUUUCGCCCUGUGUCGCCCUCUAUCUGCCCUGUGUCGCUCUUUUUUUCCCCAUCUGCCCUGUGUCGCUCUUCUGCCCCUAUCUGCCCUGUGUCGCUCUUUCCCUCUAUCUGCCCUGUGUCUUUUCCCUCUAUCUGCCCUGUGUCGCUCUUUCCCCCAUCUGCCCUGUGUCGCCUUUUUCCCCUCUAUCUGCCCUGUGUCGCUCUUUUCCCUCUAUCUGCCCUGUGUCGCUCUUUCCCUCUAUCUGCCCUGUGUCGCUCUUUUCCCUCUAUCUGCCCUGUGUCGCUCUUUCCCUCUAUCUGCCCUGUCGCUCUUUUCCCCCCCUGCCCUGUCGCUCUUUUCCCUCCAUCUUUGUGUCGCUCUUUUCCCUCUAUCUGCCCUGUGUCGCUAUCUUUUUCCCUCUAUCUGCCCUGUGUCGCUCUUUUCCCCUAUCUGCCCUGUGUCGCUCUUUUUUCCCUCUAUCUGCCUGUGUCGCUCUUUUCCCUAUCUUCCCUGUGUCGCUCUUUUUCCCCCCAUCUGCCCUGUGUCGCUCUUUUCUUUCCCUCUAUCUGCCCUGUGUCGCUCUUUUCCCUCUAUCUGCCCUGUGUCUGUGUCUUUUCCUCUAUCUGCCCUGUGUCGCUUUUCCCUCCAUCUGCCCUGUGUCGCUCUUUUCCCUCUAUCUGCCCUGUGUCGCUCUUUCCCCUUUUAUCUGCCCUGUGUCGCUCUAUUUUUCCUGUCGCUCUUUUUUUCCCUCUAUCUGCCCUGUGUCGUUUCUUUUUUUUUCUAUCUGCCCUGUGUCGCUCUUUUCCCUCUAUCUGCCCUGUGUCGCUCUUUUUCCUCUAUUCUUUUUGUCCCCAUCUGCCUCUGUGUCGCUCUUUCCUCUAUCUGCCCUGCUCUUUUUUCCCCAUCUGCCCUGUGUCGCUCUUUUCCCUCUAUCUCUUUCUUUUCCUCCAUCUGCCCUGUGUCGCUCUUUCUGCCCUGUCCUCUUUUCCCUAUCUGCCCUGUGUCGCUCUUUCCCCAUCUGCCCUGUGUCGCUCUUUUCCCUCUAUCUGCCCUGUGUCGCUCUUUUUCCCUCUAUCUGCCCUGUGUCGCUCUUUUCCUCUAUGCCCUGUGUCGCUCUUUUCCCCUAUCUGCCCUGUGUCGCUCUUUUCCCUCUAUCUGCCCUGUGUCGCUCUUUUUUCCCUCUAUCCCCUCCAUCUGCCCUGUGUCGCUCUUUUUCUGUCGCCUCUAUCUGCCCUGUGUCGCUUUUUUUCCCCUCUAUCUGCCCUGUGUCUCUUUUUCCCUCUAUCUGCCCUGUGUCGCUCUUUUCCCUCUAUCUGCCUGUGCCCAUCUGCCCUGUGUCGCUCUUUUUCCCUUUUCCCUAUCUGCCCCUGUGUCCUUUUCCCUCUAUCUGCCCUGUGUCGCUCUUUUUCCCUCUAUCUGCCCUGUGUCGCUCUUUUUCCUCUAUUGCCCUGUGUCGCUCUUUUCCUCUAUCUGCCCUGUGCUCUUUUUCCCUCUAUCUCCCUCUAUCUGCCCUGUGUCGCUCUUUUUUUUCCCCCAUCUGCCCUGUGUCGCUCUUUUUUCCCCAUCUGCCCUGUGUCGCUCUUUUUUUCCCUCUAUCUGCCCUUUCCCUCUAUCUGUCCUCUUUUUUUUUUUUUCCCUCUAUCUGCCCUGUCGCUCUUUUCCCUCUAUCCGCCCUUUUUCCAUUCUCUUUAUCAUAUUUGUUCUUUCUUUUUACUUCUUUCGAUUUCAUCUCUGCUUUUGUCGUACUUUUUGUUAUCGCCUUUCUUUUUUUCGUCACUAUUUGCUUUGUUAUUUAAUUUUUGUUCGCUUUUUCAUCUUUCUUCUUUUCUUUGUUAAUCCUUCCUUUUUUUUUCCUUUCCACUUUUCCCGUCCAUUCUCCUUUUAUUCUGUUUCUUUCGUCUUUACUUCCUUAUUUCUAUUCAAUUCAUUUCUUUUUUAUCACCCGCUUUUUUCUUUUCAUUUUCCUUGUCUUUUUCUUUUUUCAUUUCCUUCUUUCUUCUUUUUAAAGUUUAAUAUAUCUUCUUUUUCUGUUUUUUUACUUGCUUAUCCCUUUCUUUGUCCUUUUCUUUAUGUAUAUUCCAUUAAUUUUCUGCUUCUAUUCUUCUUGCCCCUCCAUAUUCUUUUAUUUCAUUGCUUUAUUCUUUUUUUCGACUCUCACACGCAGUUGCCCUAA